AAUCCUGAAUCAUGGAUGAAUGUUAGUCAGAUAAUUUCUUACUGGGGUUACCCCAAUGAAGAAUAUCAAGUUGUAACUGAAGAUGGCUUUAUCUUGGGAAUCAAUAGAAUUCCUCACGGAAAAAAAAAUUCGAAUAGUUCAGCUCCACGUCCUGUUGUGUUUUUGCAACAUGGUUUGCUUACAUCAGCUUCUGGCUGGAUUUCCAAUCUGCCCAAUAACAGUCUGGCCUUCAUUCUGGCAGAUGCUGGUUAUGAUGUGUGGAUGGGGAACAACAGAGGAAACAUAUUUUCCCGAAAGCACUUAUACUUGCCACCAGAUUCAAAAGAAUUCUGGGAAUUCAGUUUUGAUGAAAUGGCCAAAUAUGACCUUCCAGCUUCAAUCAACUUCAUUGUAAAGAAAAGUGGGCAAGAACACAUACACUAUGUGGGGCAUUCCCAAGGCACCCUUAGUGCAUUUAUAGCAUUUUCUUCUAUUCCUGAGUUGGCUCAAAAGAUCAAAAAUUUUUUUGCAUUAGCUCCAGUCAUCUACAUGAAAUACAUAAACAGGUUAGCAAGUCUAAUCCUACGUAUUUCUUCAAAAUUAUAUAAGAUUAUAUUUGGUAAACAAGAAGUCCUCCCGCAAACCAUUUUCAACCGAAUUGCUGGGACAACAUUGUGCAACCAUUAUAUAAUGGAUAUUAUCUGUUCCAAGAUUAACUUUGCUCUGUUUGGAUUUGAUCCACAAAGCCUAAACCUGAGUUGCACUGAUGUAUAUUUGUCACAAAGCCCAGCCGGAAGCUCUCUUCAAAAUAUUUUGCAUUACAUACAGGCAAUUCGAGACGUUCGUAAAGUACUUAGAGCUUACGACUAUGGAAAUCAUACUCAGAACAUGAAACACUCUGAGCAGCCCAUUCCGCCCCAGUACAGUAUGAAGACGCUGAACGUGAGAACUGCAGUGUGGUAUGGUCUACAGGACAACUUGGCUGACCCUCUGGAUGUACAAUUUCUACUCCCUGACAUCCCUAACCUUAUUUAUGUCAAGUCACUGCCUUUAUAUAAUCACAUAGAUUUUCUAUUUGGAUGUAAAGCACCUUGGGAUAUUUACUAUGAAAUUAUUGAUAUAAUAAGGAAUAACCCCUAA